CAAUAUCAUAUUUACAGACGUUCAAUCUGCUAUUUACGUUUUAAAGCCCAUUUUUAAUUUAUAUUUCAAGUUUUGUAUCUGUAUUGGAUUUAUUAUGCCGUGGAAUAAAAUCCCUGAUGUGGAUAAAUGUUGCGCCUGUGUUCCUGACUUGAAAACGGCUGUGACUAUUAUAGCAGUUUUAGGAAUUGUAACCAGUCCAGCCGUAUCGUGGGCAGUGAUACGACACUCGUACAUGAUCAGAGUCUCAUGUGUGAUCACGGCUAACGACGCCCGACCAGACGUCGUUGAUGUCAACCUUAAUAAUGUUCUCAGCUUUGGUUUCGGCGCCAAUGCAGGAAUAGGGUCGUCCUGUUUGGGCCCUCAUCAGAUCGACUCCAGUGUUGGUCUAGUUAUCGCAGUGAAGUAUCUCGGAUGGGUUGCCCUGUUGUUUGACUUACUUUUCUUGGCGAGCAGCAUCUAUUUACUAAUAGUUAUUAACAGGGAAGAUCACAGGAAACCUGUAAAAAUAUUCAUGGUCUGUGUCACUUUGUCGAUCAUGGUGUCGUUUAUCUAUGCGAUGUUGUAUGUGUCGGCCUGCCUUCAGAUUGGGGGCUCAUUUCCUGUCUUUGAAUUUAUUUUCGCUUUUGUGGAUAUGGGUCUAUGGACCUACUUUUUAAUAGUAGUUCGUUCCUACAGACACAAAAACAUAACCAAUCCUGCAACCACAGUCAAUAGAAUUAUACAACGGGUUGAAACAAUACCAACCUCACCUACAAUGCCGCGUGCUCACGACAAUAUGCGAGCAAAGCCAGGUGUGAACAGUAACGUAUCGCAUUCAGCGCCUUCCGGCAUGACCUUCCAUACUCACACGAUGAACUAAUAAAAUGGUAUAAAGUUCAAGUACUUAGAAUAUGCUAAAGUAUAGUGAAAAUAAGUUAAUUGUAUAUGUGUGUGAACGAUGCCUCAAAUAACUAAAACUGUAUAUAGUGAAUGUUACUUUUGUUAUUAUUUUUAAAUAUAUACAAUGUU